GAAACUGGUAGUUGAUAAAUCUAUAGCAUACGCACAGUAAGGUCCGAAAGUCAGAGAUCACUGGGGACUUGCAUUGUGAUUUAAUGCGAAUUGCUUCAUUAAAUUAUUGACAUGAAUUUGAGUGAAAACUUCAAAUGGUAAGAGGACCUUUUGGCCAUCUCGAGCUGCCAUGGAUAAGGUUGUGCAAAACUUAUUUACUCAUGUAAUGCCAUUGCCAACAUGACUAAAAAGGUACUUGUGUGGUGCAAAUGAUUUAUGGUCAGUGUCACAGCGUGAAACAUAUGUAACGAUGUGUUUUUUUAUUCUCAAACUGUAAAACUGUCUGUAACGUUAUAUAUUCAGGUUUAAAUUACAUUUUGAAUCCCAGAUUCGUCGGUGUGCUCUUAUAUUUUUGUAUUCCGUUGAGUAUGUUAUUGUUGUAAUUUAUUAUUAGCCUUACUUAAUAAUACACAUUAAUCAGCUGCUUAAGAAACGCAUUUUUAUGGUCGUUUUCUCACACAGCGUUCACCAUUGCGCUGCGAACUGCACUGUCCUGAUGACGUAGCGCGCAACUUCCAGUGACGUUCUCGGUGUUGUUGGCGCGAGUAAACACACUGGUGAAGUUCUAAGGAGCUUUGCAUAAACCAGCUCUGUUAAUCUCUGCAACUCGGCUAGGCCUUUGUCGCCAUGCGCUCGAAAACCGCGUGAAACAUCGUCAAACCGAGACGCGGAUCUGCCGGUUUAAUAGAUGCAAGACCGCGGUAUUUCCGCCAGUUUGCUGAAGCGCUCGGCUGCCUGUACACAACAUCAUGUUAGUGAAUGCAACGCGGGGUUUCCUGUGGUCGGACAUGGAGACCAGGGCGCUGUUGAAUAUCUGGGGUGAACACGACGUGCAGACGGCUCUGGACGGAAACUUUCGGAACAGCCACGUAUACCGAGACAUCGCGAACCGCCUGUGCGAGUUGGGCUUCGAUCGGACACCAGACCAAUGCAGGAUACGGGUUAAGAGCUUAAAGAGGCAGUAUUAUCAGGCGAAGGAGGGAUCCAAGAAAAAUGGGCAGUACCACAAGAUGUGCAAAUUCUACGACGAAAUGGAGAAUAUAUUGAGCAAUAGAUCCCUUGUAGAGAGGCAUGACAUUGAUAGUGUUGCUGUUGGAGGAGAUGAAACGAUGGAUGAAGAUGCUGAGAGUGCUGAACUGUUGCACGAAACUCAGAUGGAUGGCAGUGGUGAAUGCUCCUUUAUGGAGCAUCAAGUGAAAACUGAAUAUCCAUCCUUCCCCAUUCCGGUGACAGUGGGUGGCAUGAGUUCCUUUCCAGCUAAACCGAGCAACCCGCCCAAGGCGAACGCCGCCUCGUCGUCCACUAGCAGGCCACGGCGAACCAAGAAGCGGUUUGCGAACAUGUCGCUGGAGAAGCUGAUGGAGAAGUUUUUGGAACAGAGCAUGGAAGCGGAAGAGAACUUUUACAGGCUCGAGGAGCAGCGUCUUCAAGCCGAGGAUAAGCGCAGAGAGGAAGAACAUUCCAGAGAGUUGCAGAUGCUUCAGAUGCUGGGCCAGAUUUUCACGGGCAUCAGCACAGCCUCUUCUGUACCACCACCCACUCCGCAGCCCACCGGUACACCCCAGACUAACCCCACCGUAUCCCUCUCGCAUCCCUCUGUUGGAAAUCGUAACCGUCCGCCUGCCUUGACCGAGUUUGCCAGCCACAGCCAACCAGCUGGCCCAGUCAUAGAGCGCUCCUUCUCCCUGGGCACAACUGCGAUGGACAAUGUCUUACCUCUUGUUAGAAACACAAUUCCUCAGCUGACGUCCAAAAAACACAAGGGUCAAGAUGGGCGUAUUGGAAUCAUUGGUGGAUGUCAAGAGUACACGGGAGCACCUUAUUUUGCAGCUAUCUCGGCUUUAAAAGCAGGAGCUGAUCUGUCUCAUGUAUUCUGUACCAAAGAUGCAGCCCCAGUGAUCAAGUCCUACAGUCCUGAACUCAUCGUCCAUCCAGUGCUAGACAGUCCUAAUGCCGUAGAGGAGAUCGAGAAAUGGCUACCGAGACUUCACAGUCUGGUUGUUGGUCCGGGCCUAGGAAGGGAGGAUAUGCUUUUAAAGAACGCAAAGGAGAUUAUAGAGAGGUCAAAACUCAGAAGCAUCCCAAUCAUCAUAGAUGCUGAUGGACUUUGGUUAGUGGCGAAAGAACCAUCAGUUAUUCAAGGAUAUCAUAAAGGCAUCCUCACACCGAACGUUAUGGAGUUUAGUCGUCUGUAUGAAGCCAUGCACCACGAGCCCCUGGACAGCAACGACCACAAGAGAAGCGCACAGCAACUGAGCAUCGCCAUGGGUAACCUAACCUUGGUUUUAAAGGGGGAGGAGGACAUCAUUACUGACGGAAAAAACAUGCUUAAGUGUAGUCAGGAAGGCAGUGGACGCCGUUGUGGGGGACAGGGAGAUCUGCUGUCUGGCUCUUUGGGAGUCUUUGCGCAUUGGGCAUUCAGCUCAUCCUCAGAUGCAACUAAAGGCAUGAAUCCCUCACUGGUAGCUGCGUUUGGUGCUACUUCUCUAACAAGGCAAUGUAAUCGGCAGGCGUUCCACAAACAUGGCAGAUCUACGACCACCUCUGACAUGAUCCAGGAGAUAAGCAGCGCUUUCAAAAAGUUGUUUGAAAGCUGAAUGACAGUCCACACUCUUGUCUGUUUAAUAUAACAUAAAGGUCUGGAUGUCAAUGCUACUCCAUAUAAAUAAAGUGAAGUACAUUGUUGAUCAUCUAAAAUCAUUGUUGAUUUUUUUCCUUUUAGUUUUAAAGUGCCUCUUGUAGUUUUGCAAUACACUAUCAACUGCUUGUCUAUUUUCUUGUCUGUGUGGUGGCAAAGUCCUCUAUAAACGUCAUACACUGUUUUUUAUAAAUACAUAUUUGUCUGUAGAUGUGUUUUGUUUACAAAUGUCUUUAGAUUUGUAGAGGAUAUCCUAACUCGCCAAGAGACUGUUUUAACUGGUCCCUAAUAUGAAUGAAUUGCUCUGUUUUCAGGACUGGGUGCAAUUUAUUUAUUGGUCUGCUUGAAAACAUUCACUUUCAAGUAUUUAAACAAAUGCUGUACCUUUGUAGUUGAUGUUCCCUCACAAUAAGCUGUCUAACACUUGUUUUGUCAAUAACUUACCAUCCUUAUUAAGUAUGUGCGAAGUAUUACAAAGAAUUUCAAGUGGCUGUCACUUUCAGAUAUAGUUUGUUAUUCUAUUAAACUAACAUGAAAGUUUUAGUUAUAAAUGCUUCGGUUUCUCAUUAUUUCUCAUAGUGUAUAAAUAAAUCUGUCUGAACGCAUUAUCACUGACAUUUCAUUCGCAUUAAAAUAUCUGCAUUGAAAAAUGAGAGGUGCAGCUGCACAUUUAAGUGUCAGCUCACGCUGUCAUUGGGCUUGUUCGACUUGAUUUAAGCACUUUAUUUACUUUGUGUCUCAGACAAUUGUGUGCACUUUGUUUAUAAAUUCACUUAAAAAAGUAAUCAAAGGGAAACAUGUUAAUUUGUUCUAUUAUUUUGUCUAAACAACACUGAACAAAAACAGAAAAGCAGUUUUAAAAUCUUUGUUCUUGAGUAAUAAUUUUGUCCACUUUGGGGUUUUUUUAAAGCUAGAGAAGUAGUACUGGGAUAACGAGAAAUUGUUUUGUUAUAUAUCGUUUUUCUGUUCUGUUAAUCUGUUAUUGUUA